UGCGUCCGGGUCGCCGCCGUUCCCUCCGCAGCCGCUGCCGCCCGGUUCCCCGUUCCCGCCCCGGGCGCGAAGCUCACUGCUCGGACCGGCGCGGCGGCGGCGGCGGGCCCCGGCCUGGCCCGGCCCGGCCUGACCCAACUAGACCCGGCCGAGCCCAGCGGGGAGGGGACCAGCAGCAGCGGGGUGAGACGGGGCCGCUCUCGCCUCCGCUCUCGCCCGACAGCAGCGGCAGGAGCGCUGAGCCCGGGGGGCCCAGGCGGCGAGCCCCGGCACCGGGGCGGCUCCCGGCCGGAGCAGAACGAUGCCGGUGAAGAAGAAGAGAAAAUCCUCGGGGCCGGCGGCGGCGGACGAGACCGGCCUCAAGAAGUGUAAACUCGGCAGCUAUUGCAGGUCACAAGCAUCUGGUAAAGUAAUAAGCGGAGAGGAACAUUUUUCAAGCAAGAAGUGCCUAGCAUGGUUUCAUGAAUAUGCAGGUCCUGACGAUGUUGUGGGGCCUGAAGGAAUGGAAAAGUUCUGUGAAGACAUUGGUGUCGAACCUGAAAAUAUUAUUAUGUUAGUUUUAGCCUGGAAGCUAGAGGCUGAAAGCAUGGGAUUUUUUACCAAGGAAGAAUGGUUAAAGGGGAUGACCUCAUUACAGUGUGACUGUACAGAAAAGUUACAGAGUAAAUUUGACUUCUUGCGGUCACAGUUGAAUGACAUCUCAUCCUUUAAGAAUAUCUACAGAUAUGCCUUUGAUUUUGCAAGGGACAAAGACCAGCGAAGUCUUGAUAUUGAUACUGCAAAAUCCAUGUUAGCGCUUCUGCUUGGAAGAACUUGGCCACUGUUUUCAGUAUUUUAUCAGUACCUGGAGCAAUCGAAGUAUAGAGUCAUGAACAAGGACCAGUGGUACAAUGUGCUAGAGUUCAGCAGAACUGUCCAUGCAGAUCUUAGCAACUAUGAUGAAGAUGGUGCAUGGCCUGUACUUCUGGAUGAGUUUGUCGAAUGGCAGAAAGUUCGUCAAGCGUCAUAGCAAGAAUUCAAAAGAAAAUGCAAGUUUUUUUGGUGCCCGCCUGUACACAAACUAAUGAGAAAAACAUCGGAUUGCAUUUUCAUUUUUAUGAAAGACUUUACAGUAAUUUUUUUCCUUUUCUAAGGAAGUUUUCUUGUUACAUGUGAUAUGGGCAUUUGAACCACACCUCUUCCGAGACUGAAAGUUGGAGUUCUUGUUUUGAGUCUUACAUUUAUAGCAUUUCUUUCAGAACAAUAAAGAUUCAGAUUUGUGACAAAGGCCUAAAAGUGAAGAAUGUCCCUUGAAUGUGAGUGUGGUGUCUAUUUCUAGAACCAAAUCUUUAAAAUGAUCUUUCUCAGAAGUGCCCUUUGUUAUGAUUUAUUGAGACCUUAAAAAUGCUUACCUGGCACUGUUGCUUGCUGGCAGUAUGAUUGUCUUGUGAAAGAAACGUUAGAAAGAGUGACUAAUUAUUUGAGCCCUGGGUGGGGGUGUGUUAAUUUGAGUAUUAAGUAUUGGUCAUGGGUUGUGCCACACUUUUCAGCUCCUUCUGGAGAUAAAGGCCUUAAGCUCUGUUUUGUUCUGUUCUGUACUCACCCAGUGGCAUGGCAUUUAAUGGCAGAUGCUUUGUUAAGCAGAAAGGUGUGGAGCUCACGUGUGGCUGUGGAUGCAGGGUAGCUGGAAACUAGUUACCUGUACUUCAGAUGUCAAACAAAGGUACUCUGAUACCGUACUGCAGUUCCAAAUUUCUAUUACAACUUAGACUUUGAGUUGCUUUGGAACUUAAGAAGUGCAAUUUAUAUAUAAAAAGGGAAAGCUGGAAAGACCUGCCUUCAAGCUUUGCUUCUUUCAUGUUUUAGACUGGAAGCAUUCACAGCAUGACUUUCUUUUACCUCUCUUGAAGUUUUUCUGUGAUGUAAGAAAGACUUAAAUCAUCUGUUUUUGACCCGUAUGUAACAGGCUAUUAAUUUUUACCCUGUUAUUCAUGUGUUGAGAACAAUAAUUACUGUGAUUGCCUGUUUAGGCAGUUUUUGUGACAAACUUCAACUUUAUUUAAAGGUUGUCACUCCAUCUUUCUGCCCAGGAAUCUGAAUGCCAUCUUUGAGAAGAAACAGGAUUUUAAUGAGUAAAUAUAAGAAAACAAAAUGGAAUGAGAGAAUGAAGCAUUUGUAACUUCUACUUCAUUAUAUAAUUAUAUUAUUUAGACUGUGAUAAUGCCAUGAGACUCCAGAUCAAGGCCUCAUUGUGCCAAAUACAUCAACAGCUUGAAAUGAGAAUAGACAAUGUAAGCUAGGCAUGACUUGAAGAUCUUUGCCUCAGGGAAAUUACUUCUGUUUUGCACAUCCCUUAUUCAGACUAAGUGUGAGUUUUUCUAUCAUUAAGGAAAGCUUCAUUCCCAAGACAGUGGAUUAUUUUUUUUUUAUUUUUAUUCAGUGGUGGGAGAAGAGUGGGAGGGAAGGGUGAAGAGAGGAAGAAAUAGCAGUAGGAAGUGGAACAAAAUAGAAGCGUGCCCAUGCUCUCAUUCUUUUAAAGGAACACCUUUGCUACUUGCCACUCUCUGAAGCUGCUUGCUGCUGGGGCUGCAGAUGGCAUUGUCAGUCAGUGGUGUUCCCUGGGCCUUUCCGCAAGUCACCUGAUAGUGCAGCUGAGCCUUAGAGGUAUGGUUCUGCCCAAGCCAAAAAAGCUUUGGAACGAAGAAGAAGCUGAGAUACUGGCAGAUCGCUGUGCUCAUACAGUGGCUAGUGUCUGUGUGCAUGCAGACCCAUGCACUGCAGCUGGUCCAUUUUUCCACCUUUCUUAAGGAAAGUACUUAAUUUCAGACCUUGCAAAGACUCCAGCAGUUCUCUUAAAUAGGUUUCAGGUUGUCUGUUUGCUGAUGAUUCUGAUUUCUCCCGUAACAGAGUGCCUUUUGUUUGGAAAUUGCCCUUCCAUACAGAAACUCAGUGCCAGAAUGAGAGUAACUUCAAGAGUCCCAAAAACAGUGAAUUGAAUUUCUGAGGUGCACAGGAUAAAGAUACACCAAUUAGAUCUAGGGAAGUACUGCUGUAUAUUGAAUCUCUGCAAGGGCACUGAUUCUGAAAUGACUUUCUAAAAUUCACUUCAGUGACUCUUCUAGCUUAGUAUAUUUAGACCCAGUUAUAACUGGAAAAUUCUCUUUCCAGGAGUUUUGAAUUACAGGUAGAAGUUGAACAUUUUCUAGUGUGGUUGGGGGUAAAUAAAGAAAAA